AACCUUUACGUAACUAGCAAAGAAGAGGUCGGUCCCUGCUGUUCAGGAUACAUUUUAGGAAGGCAUUUCUACGGAAACAUCAAGUACUUGGAAGCCUUCUUCGUAAUAUGCUGGUCAUCCAUCCAUCCAUCCAUCCAUUUUCCAAACCGCUUAUUCUACUGGGUCGCGGGGGUCUGGAGCCUAUCCCCGAAGCAACGGGCACGAGGCAGGGAACAAUAUACUGGUCAUACUCAGUCAUAAUGGAAUAGACUGCAUUGCUGAAAUAACUUACUAAAAUUCGCUUGGCUCUCUUAGUUGAACAUUGUUGGACUGACGCAUGACAGUCAGAUGUAUGUGUUUUGUGAUGAUAGUUGACUGCUACAAUUGAAUGGAAUGUGAUUGACCAAGAGGAGAUUAUUAAAGGACGUAACUUCUUGGUUAAGAGUACAGAUUAGAAACCUGACAUUUGUCUGAUCAACCCACAGAAACCACUUUGCAGUUGUAUUCCUGAAUUAAUUAUUAUGUGAUGCAUUGAAAUAUAUUAGGUAAGUUUAAGUUGAUAUGUUGGAUCAGCAACAAGUUUUACACAGUAAUUGCAGCAUGUCAGGACUGUGAUUUCACCUGUGAUGUAUGCAUUUUCCUUUUUGCCUAGAGCAGUGGUCAACAACAGUUUAAUCCAGGCUGAGAUCGAUCCCCCUAGUUAGUGGACCUUGACUUUGUGUUUCUGUUGUAAUUUGGCUUUCAGGCCUAGAGCUUGGUAUACAUAUCAGUAUAGGUUAGAAAUUUGUUUCCUGACUUUAAUGACUGCAGUAGAUCCUUCAAGUUGGUGUAUCAAUGGUGUAACUCAUAUCUUGAAGUGCUGAAGUAUGUCAUAAGCCCCGAAGAUGACUUUUACGGUUUGGGGGACUAUUUUCUGUUCACUUUCUAAUUCGCUGUAGACAAAAGUAAAUACAAAGAAACAGUAAUAUAAUACAGAAUCAAUGGCUUAUGCGAAACUUGAGAUUACCUUUUGAGGAAGAGACUGUCUGCCUGCUCAGCCUUUUAUGGUGCCUAUUUCCACUUCCCACUUUCCUCCAAUUGUGACGUUUUUUGGUUGGUUUUGAAUUUUUUCCAAUGACGACAUUUUCACUUCCACAUGUCAUGUCCUAUAUAGAACUGUCACAUACCCCCACCCAGGUAUAUUAAUGAAGCAGUUGCGAUGUGAUUUACAGUUUGAACAAACAUUAGUAUAAAUCAGCCUUAUGUAAAUCAUAAUCACACUUGUCUUUUUACUCCCUGUGGAAUGGACAAUGAUGCACCACUGGUGUCGUGCUGGGUCACAGUGGUGGUUAUGCCAGCUGGUACAGAGCCCAAGGCAGGGUAAACCCCGGAGAGCUGUAUCAUCUUCUCAUGUUUCUUCAGAAUGUGGACACAGACAUACACUUUAUUUAAAACGUAUGUGUGUUUUUAAAGCCAGUAAGUGUGCAAUACGCAUAAUACCAAUAUUGUAUUGCACAGGCAAUUCUGACAUCACAAAAGUCGCGAAAACUAGGUUGAGAUCAGUUUCCUACUUUCAUAUGGUCUUUAAGUUUCAUUAAAAUAUUUUUACUCUGUCAUAGAAAACAAAACUAGCAGGCGUUGCAAUUUUAAUGAUUUGUCCUUCUCAAGAGUAUUCUAACUAACAUGGAAUAUUACGAGAACUUUAGCCAAUGUUACUUCUCAAAGAUGGCAGAAAAUGUUCUUACUGUAACAUUAAUGGAACAUUGUUUAAAUGUUUUACAUUAUAACAAAGGUUCUGCUAGUGUUAGCACAAUAGCAUUAUUACCUGAACAUCCUUUUAAUGUAAUUUUAAUUUUGAACAAUAUUAUUUCAUAACAAAAUAUUUUAUAGAAGUGCUUUUGUGGUGUGUGUACACUGAGAACAUGACAUCCAUCCUUGAACCCAUGGAGGUAUAAUGUGGUGUUACCAACUUCUGUCCCAUGUCCCUUAAUUGUUUCUGCAUUAUUGUUUGUAGUUGUAGCAGUUCUAGUAGUGGGGUAACAUUCUGGGAACAUUGGGAAAACUGAACAUGUUCCUAGAAUGAAAAAUUGUAUGGUGGGAUCUAGCAUAUGUUAAAAAAGCAAUCAAUGAGCUCUGUGUGUGCCCUCUGAACCAAUCAUAAUUAUUUUCAUCCUUGCCGUUUUAAUCACAUAGAUGGAUUUUAUUGCAGUGAUUUAUCAUGAAAAGUCACAGUGCAUUAUUAGAAAAUUUUCCAAUAUUACGUAGCUCAUGACGUUCACAAACUCCACAAAGUUCCCCCCGCAUGAGAUGUGGAACUGUUCCGGAGAGGAUGUUGGUUAUUCAAAGAUGCACCAUUGGAAGAGGAACUGAAGUCUGUGGGUUCUCAGUUUUGAUUGCAUUAAGACAUUUUCCCAAGGGAUGCUGUUGAAAUAAAUGAUGAAUGGGAGUGAUCUACAGUAGUCUUUGACCCUGUUGAAUGCUAAAGAUUUGUGAAAUUUGGCUAGGGGUGGAAGGUUGCAGCCAGUCUCAGCCCACUUCAUAAUGCUCUCCAAGUGGUUUUUGGAGAAGAGCAGAACCAGACAAUGACGGAGGUAAUCACAUUUUCAGUGUUUCACAUUUUCAGUAGAGCGGGACAGCAUGGUGGUGUAGUGGUUAGCACUGUUGCCUCACACCUCUGGGAUCUGGGUUCGAGUCUCUGCCGGGGUUACAUGUGUCCGGGUACUCUGGUUUCCCCCCACAGUCAACAGACAUGCUGAGGCUAAUUGCAGUUACUAAAUUGCCCAUAUGAGUGAAUGGUGUGUGAGUGUGCUCUGUGAUGGGCUGGCCCCCCAUCCUGGGUUGUUCCCUGCCUCGUGCCCAUAGCUUCUGGGAUAGGCUCCAGUCCCCCCUCGACCCAGAAGGAUAAGUAGUUUGGAAAAUGGAUGGAAUAGUUUUUAGAGGAUCAUGCCUCAAACUAUUAUUUUUUGGUGGCAAUGGGUGGAAUUAUUGUUUUGAUGGCCAACAGCAGGAUGUACACAAUUUAGUUGAAGAGUUGAAAAACUCGUUCUGCCUCACAUACAAAACAGGGACGUGGGAUUGGGUGGGUAGGAAGUGAAAAUCCUAUGCAAGGAAACAGUCUCUCCUCUUUGGAACUGAAACUCUAUGCUUGGAAUAGCUUUGUUAGGUAUUCAUUCCUCAUUCUUUCCCCAAAAUGGCUGACCGAGGGUACGACAGCGACCUCGAAGCGGAUAACGGCACAGACUGGUCUGAGCUUGUCACCCGCCAGCAGUCCUUUAACCACUUUCCCAGCAUCCCCCAGGUGCCGGUGGACCAGCUUGCCCGUGCUGGCUUCUACUUCACCGGCAAGGCCGACCGCGUCCGCUGCUUCAGCUGCCAGCAGAUGGUGGAGGGCUGGCACAGCGGGGACGCGCCUGUGGCCCGCCACCAGCAGGUGUCACCCGAUUGCAAGUUCCUUAGCUGUGUCCACGGUUUACGUCUGGCGUCUGGCGCCUGCCCCACCUCCCUCAUCAGCGGUGGCUAUGAUGAGGAGUCUGAAGACAUGCUGUUCCGCCUGCGCAGGGGUGAAGUGGUCGAUGAAUCGCAGUACCCCAUGGUUCGCGACAUGUGCAGCGAGGAUGCUCGACUUCGCUCCUUUGUAGGCUGGCCCUCGUCGGCCCCAGUCACGGCGCGAGUGCUUGCCCAAGCGGGGUUUUACUACCUAGGCGAGAGGGACCGCGUGCAGUGUUUCUGCUGCGGGGGUAUGCUGGCAGACUGGGAUGAUGGGGACGAUCCCUGGACCGAGCACGAAAAGUAUUACAGCAACUGCUUCUUCAUCUUGGGCCACGAUGUGGGCAAUGUGCCUUCCCAGCAUCCCCCAGAGAGGGUACAAGAGCAACAGAGGCUCUCCAACGAAACCUUUGAAGGCCGCCACCAGAGCUUCCAGGGUGUCCAACACCCCGUGGAUACCAUCCUGCUCGCCAGGGCGGGAUUCUACAGGUCAGGCCCACCAGACCGGGUGAUGUGCUUCAAGUGCGGUGGGGGCCUAAAGAACUGGCAGCCGGACGAGGACCCCUGGGAGGAGCACGCCAAGCACUACCCAGGAUGCAGUUUUCUGUUAUCAGAGAAGGGCCAGGAGUUUGUGAACAGUGUGCAGCUGGGGAACACCAGGAGAAGUUCUCAGAAUACCAGUCAUGCAAAUGGAUUUUCCAGACUAGAGACAGGCCAGAACGUCAUGCAGUUUAAGAUUGCACAGCAGGCUGUAGAGAUGGGCUUGGACCCCAAAAAGGUGGAAAGCACCAUUCUGGAAAAGAUGCGCAGCACAGGCGAGGAAUACACUAAGGUGGAGCUCCUGGUGGAGGAUGUCCUGAAAAGUUCGGCUGAGGGUUCUGUGGAGGAGCCACAAGCAAACAGUGAUGAAGAUCCCCUGGAGAAGUUACGGAAGCUGCAAAGGGAAAAACAGUGCAAAGUGUGCAUGGACAGCGACAUUUCUGUUGUUUUCACCCCCUGCGGACACCUGGUUACCUGCAGUAACUGUUCCAAGUCCUUAAGCAAGUGCCCCAUCUGCUGUGCUGUGAUUACUCAGAAAAUUAAGACGUAUAUAUCUUAGCCUCUUCAUCAAGGGUUCUGCAUCCAUCUUUAAACUGGCCUUUCAAUGCAUCAUUGUUGAAUCUGUGUAAAUGAAGCUUUCUGGUUCGUGCAACUACAUACUUACAUGUGAAUGUAAAAUGAGUGGGGAAAAUGUAACAUGAUUUAAAUGCCACGAAGAAAAUGCAAAUCUCUAUAUAUCAUGCUGCUGCACCGUGCAGCCCAACUGGGAUCUUCUUCAUUGUGUCUUUUCGGGGGGUGAAAAAUGUAACGCAUUCUGGUCACGAUCGCAUUUUUCCUUACUUGACCAGCUGAGAUCUUUGCAUCAUUGUGCUUGCUCGUAAAUGUCCCAGUAAUCUGCCCAGCUGCUGCUAAUUACUGUGUGAAUGUCACUGCCAUUUCUAAGGGGAGGUGCUGUAUUUAGAUUUUUAAAAAUUAGAUGAUUGAGUUACAGUAGCAUGAGGUAAGUGAAAGCUCAGUUUUUAUUUGCCUUAUCUGGGAAUGAUUCUCUGGUUAUAUCAAGAUUAUUUUUAUGUAAUCUGCUUUUCAGUAUGAUUUUAAUUGGUAUUAUUCUAAAAUUUACACAAUUCCAUUUUAUGCCUCUAAUUUUUCUAAUUCUUUUGUUUUCCUCUGAUUUUUAUGAAAAUGAGCAAUGUUUUAUUCUAAAAUGCUUCCCAGGGAUCAAAGAGAGAAAAUACCAUAAAUAACCACACAUAUAUAUAUUUAUAUUAUAUUGUAUAUUUAACAUUUUUGCUGGUAGUGUACUUAAUAUGUAUAGUAAAUGCUUAUGGAGUAUAAAGGGGGAACAGAGUUCUGUGUUCCUGACCAGGGACCUUUUUCCUAACUAUUAAAUAUGAAUAUAAAUUUA